ACCCACAAGGAAAAGCAGCCAGGACUGUUGACUUCUCACUCGCGUCGGCUGUCAGACUGGCCACGUCACGUGCCAUCAUCAACUAUGAACAACUGGGUGUCAGAUUAAGAAUCGUUCAUUUCCUGCCGGCCUAUCAUGCAGACCCGUCGAAGCCACAACAAGUCACGCCGAGGAUGUCUGGAAUGCAAGCGCAGACGAGUCAAGUGCGAUGAGUCUCGCCCACGGUGCUUGAACUGUACUAGACGCCAUGUGGUAUGUGAUUAUGGGACGCAUUCCCUGGUCUGGAAAGACUGGAAAAAGGAAAGGAGGCCACCCAAGGAUAGUAAUCGGAUGAUUUCUCAGGACCAGAGAGAUGACAUCUUUGUAACCUUGGAACGACUGAUGGCGUCGCAGAACGCCGAACCCAUGCCUGCCACGGAGCUGAACGUGGUCGAGCUGGAGUUGAUGAUGCACUGGUGCAACUCAGCAUAUAAAUUAUUGACCCGAAAUGAGACUACAGCGCAGAUCUGGCGAGAACUGGUUCCUCAGGAGGCAUUCUCCCAUCGGUUUCUGUUGUGGGGGAUUUUGUCCGUAUCCGCUCUGCAUCUCUCCUGCUUUAAGGCAAAGGAGCAUCAAUCUAUGUAUUUGAAGCAUGCCGCUUUUCAUCAGACACGGGGUUUGACAUUGUUCAGAGAAGCAUUACAAGCAGUCGGUCCGUGGAACGCCAAGGCCAUGUUCGCAUUUGCUUCCUUAGUUACUGUCUAUGCUUUUGGGUCAUCAUAUAGCCAGGAAUCGGCUGAUCCCAUUCAAGAUCUGUACCAGGUCCUUGUGCUGAUCCGUGGGACUAGUGAAAUUGUCUCUCGUUUUUCGCAGACACUCUUGGAAAGCGAUUUUGCGCCGCUAUUGCGAGUGAGUGAACAACGCAAUGAAAUAUCAGCCGAUACAAAAGCUGCACUCACCAGGCUACGCACGCUGAACAGCUCGCUUCAAGAGGGACCAGAAAGCCACAAGGUACAUCGAAAAGCUAUUGAGGACCUUGAAGAAAUGUUUAGCAUGUCUACUGCCGGCGUAGCCUCGAUCACAGCGAGUGGCAGGUGGGCGGUUCGACUGCCACCCUUGUUUCUGGAGUAUUUGCAGGAACGUCGAAACUUGACGCUGGUCAUUUUAGCGCACUAUUGUGUAUUGCUUCAUCAUCUACGCCAGCAUUGGUGUAUUGCUCCGUGGGCGGCGCGAGUGUCCGAAGCUAUCUGGAACGUGUUGGACGACCGAGGGCGAGAAUCAAUUCAGUGGGCGAUGGAUCAGAUUUCUGAGUAAUCUGGAUCUGCUGCAAGCAAUACCCUUAGCUAUCCUUGCUCUUAAGCCUGACACAACGUUUCAUUCAUAUCAAUCCCAUCGCCUUUGAACGCAGUCCCUAUCAACAUACCGUCAGAGAUAUCCAUCAUCAUGGCAAUUCCGCUGCUCUGGAUUCCACAAUGGGCAAGACCGCGCCGCGCAUGGGAGGCCUCUUAUAAUGGCAGCGACCGUUAUGAAUUUCGCAAGUCUUGCAGCCUGAUCGUGUCCCAUCGCAUUUCGACUGAAAUAUGACACAUCAGUCCGAGGAGUUGAGUGCUUUGCUUGGGCGAGCUCUUUUGG